AAGCUGAAAAAAGCGAGAAUGGAAUGGAUGUGACAACCAUCAAGGAGGCUCAUCCUGAACUAGCAGAGUACAAUUUGGAUGACUAUGAUGAAGUGAAGCCUGAGGGACAAGGUAAUAAAUAUGGAUAUUAUGUAUAUAUAUUUGACUGUUAAGAAUGGAUCUAAAAAUGGCUAUAUAAUUUCAUUCAUCUUUUUUAUAUGUAUUUUACAGAGGCAACGAUUUUCAGUAACUUGAACGGACUAACGUAUUAUGCUUCAAAUCGCGAGGAUCCAUAUAUCACGUUGAGGGAUGAGGAAGAUGAAGAUGAGGAAGAUAUUUUGAUUCAAUCAACCGAUAACUUGUUGUUAGCCGCCAAGACUGAGGACGAUAUUUCACAUUUGGAAAUCUAUCUGUAUGAUGAAUCCCAGGAAACAGGAGAAGGAGGUCACAUGUAUGUCCAUCAUGAUAUCAUGCUCCCUGCUUUCCCUCUCUGCCUUGAAUGGUUGGAUUUCCGUGUUGGUCGUAAGAGUGCGGUCCAGGGGCCUGGAAACUAUGUGGCCGUGGGAACUUUUGAUCCCGAGAUUGAGAUUUGGGAUCUGGACACAAUUGAUACUAUGUAUCCGGAUGCCAUCUUGGGCGCGCAGAACAGUGGCGAUAAGAAGAAGAAGAAGAAUGCCAAAAAGUCCAAGAAACCAAACAAGGAAUAUCAUACGGAUGCAGUGAUGGCUCUCGCUUGGAACAAACAGCAUCGCAAUAUUUUGGCGUCAGCCUCUGCAGAUACAACUGUUAAAUUGUGGGAUCUAACAACACAACAGUGUGCGCAUUCGUUUACACAUCACACGGAUAAAGUUCAAGCUUUGGCUUGGAAUCCUCUCGAGUCCACAGCGUUGAUCACGGGUUCCUAUGACAAAACCGUCGCAGUCUUUGAUUCCAGAGCCCCUGACGCACGUGCCACAUGGAGAUUGAAAGCGGAUGUAGAGUGCUUGCGUUGGGAUCCUCAUGAUUCUCAUUGCUACUAUGUCUCAACAGAUGAUGGGAUGGUCCAGUACUUUGAUGCGCGCAACAGCGGUGCUCAACCGAUCUUUAGACUUCAUGCACAUGAUAAAGCGGUGUCAGCCAUGGAUGUGAACUCGACCGUUCAAGGAUGUAUCGUCACGGGAUCAACCGAGGGUGUAGUCAAGGUUUGGGAUGUGAAAGAGAACCGACCCUCGAUGGUGACGAGUCGUAAUGUCAAGAGUGAUCUGGGCCAGGUCUUUUCGAUCACGUUCUGUCCGGAUGCACCAUUCAAUUUGGCAAUGGCUGGAUCGGCGGGCAAGGUCCAAAUCUGGGAUAUUGCAACCAAUGCUGGUGUUCGGAGAGCGUUCGAGGGUCGAUCGAUCAUUGUUGCGAAUGCAAACACAGAGGAGAAGAUCGUGGCCAUGGCUAGUGAUGAUGAACCAGAGUCGGAAGAAGAAAUGGACGGUGCUGAUAUUGAUAUGAAUGAAGUUGCAGAGAGUGAUUAUGAAGAGGAGAGUGGAGAUGAUGUUUAAAAAAAAAAAAAAAAAAAAAAAAAAAAGUAGCAUAGAGAGCCAUACAUCUGCCAAUAAUCCUGACAGGGGACAAAAAGAAAUUCAUAUUCAUAUUCAUAAUAGCAUACAAUAUCAUCAUUCAAAGUUAUUUUUUGUUUUCGCUUUAUUACUUGCUUUCACAAAACAAUAGAAAGGGUGGUGUAGAUGUACAAGUUGACUCAGUUUGAGAUAGAGGAAACAAAGUAAAGAGAAACAAGAGAUAAUUAAAGACUGAUGGGACAGACAGAAAGGAGUAGAGAGAUGGAGAUUGAGAGAAAGGAUUGUAUUUUUUUUUUUUUUUUUUUUCUUUGGUAUCUACAU